UAAAGCGUGCUAGACGAUCACGUUUCUGCUAUCUUAGUCCUAGUUCUGUAUUGUCAGCAGUGUUUACACCUCAUUGUCUCAAUAUGUUGCUCAAGGUACUCAUCGCAUCUUGCCUGGUUCUGGCUGUUAUGGCGGAGGCGCCAGUGAUAGGGAGCGAACUAUGCCAUUCGGUGGAGGCUAAGGAUUGUUCUAUGUUUGAGGAUGAAGUGGUGUGUGCGUCUGACCAUAACACCUACAGAAACAGCUGCGAAUUCGCCAAGGGCGUCUGUCAUCACCAUGGACACAGCCUCCACGCAGUACAUUACGGACCGUGUCAGUAACUGAAGAAAUAAAACAUGCUGCAUAAAUA